AUGGCAGACAACGACAACUCUUCCUCUUCUGUGGCUCUCUCUGAAGCCUGCGUCAAGGGUUCCAUCGACCAGACUUUGGAUUUGAUCAAGGCCGCUGAGUCAGCUGAAACUAUCUGCAGCACUCCGAUAGCGUGGACCGAUGCGCAAGGCCUAGAAUUGAGGUCGCCACCCAUUUUCAUUGCAAUUGAUUACGGCCAUUUGGAAUUGGUACGUGCCCUCUUGCCGUACCACCAACCACCUUUGAUUGAUACAAUCAUGGAUGGCGAUGGUGAAUACCCCGCAUUAUCUUGGGCAUCUUUUGCAGGACAGUUCGACAUUGUGAAACUGUUAGUGGAAGAAGGCAAAGCCAAGGUUGACGACGAGCCCCUGUCUUUGGCAAGAGAAUAUGAACACAAGGAAAUCGUUGAUUAUUUGGUCAAACGCGUUGAUCUAUAUUCCAAUCUGGGUGGCGACUUGGAUGCCAUUAUGGACAAGGCUUGCCGCGAAGGAGAUGUAGCCAAGGUGAAGCAACUCUUGGAAGAAGAUAAGUAUGAUAUUUCCAAGUGGAAGGAUAAGGAAGGAAAAUACUUGGCCUUGUCGCCAAUGUACAUGGCUGUCAAGUUUGGGCAUUAUGAAGUUAUUCAGAUAUUUGCUGAUCUGGGAAUUCAAGUAGAAUUGCCACAGGACGCACAAUUGGAGGGUUCCAAGGUAGAAGAAGUCCAGGAGCCAAGUGCUGAAGAAUAG